GUGAACUAACGUCCUAGCGUUUAAUUUGUGCGUUUCGUUGGUUCGCACUGAGCGCUGGCCACAGUAACAGCGAGGGAGUUCAAGUCCCUUCUCUCGCGUUACGUUUUAACCAGCCGUAAUGGAUAAAAGCCUCGCACUAUCAGACGGGGACAGUACUGAACUCCAGAAGUACCUGUCCACGCUCACAGAUGACCAGCUGACCACUGUGAUUAACAACGGCGCACUGAAGAGUGAGAAGGUCGGUGCCAUGAUUAAAGGCAUAUUCAAAGGCUCCGCGCCAGAUUCCCCUGAAGGGUCAAACCGCAGACUCCUUGUUUAUCAGCACUGCAUCCCUCUGUGUGAGUCUGGGGAUCUUCAGACUGAGGUGGCAGCUGAUGCUGGAGGCGUUUUUCUUUUACCGCGCACGACCAGCGAACACAAAUUCCAGAGGUGCGUAAACGGCGUUUACGUGCGUUUACCCUCCACUACAGCCCUGGCUGCAUCCAAUCACCUCUCUGGGAUGAAAUAUUUGAGAUCCGUAUGGAUCUUAGUUGUAAGAGUGACGUAUUUGUUUUCAUGCAGAUGGGACCCGCAAUGGAUCCACCUGACGACCAUGUUCAGGGAUGUGCCCUUGUCAUCAGAGGAGCUGCAGUUUGUGGUGGAGAAAGUACUGAGGAUGUUCACCAAGCUGGAUCUGCAGGAGAUCCCACCACUGGUUUAUCAACUGCUGCUUUUAUCUGCAAAGGGUUGUAAGAAACAGGUCCUGGAUGGAAUCAUCUGUUAUUUUAAGGAACAAGAUGUCUGCCAGGAGGAGGAGCAGAAACUUGGAGAGAGCCUGGACCUGGAGGUUCAGUCCAUUCCACUGGACCAGUUGAGGCAUGUGGAGGGCACUGCUAUCCUCCAUAUAGUCUUUGCUAUACGACUCAACCAUGAACUCGGCAGAGGAUUCCUUAAAAGCUUUAAGACAUCAUACGGGGAUCUAUGCCCUUUCAGCGUUGCCCUGUUGCUCUCAGUGGCACGCAUCCAGCGUUAUGGAGAGCAGGUGUUUGACCUUUUGAAAGGGGCGAUCAUCAAGAGCUUCAAGGAUGAGCAACUGCAGCAGGGGUCAAAGUUCCUGCAGGACCUCCUGCCUGGUCACUGCAGUGUGGCUCAGAUGAUACUUGACACAGUCAAGAACAGUGUGUUUGGUUGGGAUCAUGUGACCCAAGGUCUGGUUCAGCUGGGCUUCUUCCUUAUGGAUGCAUUUGGACCCAAACCUGGACCGUUUGGCAAGACCACUGAAGGGUCUGCUAGCAUAGCCCGGACCCCUAAUCAGCAGGCAUGCAAGCUGGGAGGACAGGUGCUUCUGCAGGGCUUUAAGGUGCACGAGCCCAUCAGAGGUGAGAUACUGGACCAGGUCCUGAAUCGAUUGGUCUCAAAGACGGCGUCGCUUGUCAAAAAUUACUUAGAUCUUUUUUCUGACAUUGUGGUUUCUGCUCCCAUGAUCCUCCUGGAGUCAUCUUCUAAGGUGACCGAGACAUUUGACCACCUAUCAUACCUGCCUUUGACCACUGUUCAGGGUCUACUAAAAGCUCUGCAGCCUUUGCUCAAGGUCAGCAUGUCUUUGAAAGAUGCUUUGAUUCUAGUUCUCCGCAAGGCCAUGUUUUCCAGCCAACUGGAUGGCAGGAAGUCUGCAGUGACCGGCUUCUUGUUGCUGCUAAAGAACUUCAAAGUGUUGGGCAGCUUGGCCUCGAGACAGUGUAGCCAGGCCGUCUCCUCUAGUCAGAUCCAAGUGGACGUCCACGCUCGCUACAACUCGGCUGCCAACGAGGCGUUCUGUCUGGAGAUCCUCAGCAGCCUGCGCCGCUGCCUCGGCCAGCAGGCCGACGUUCGCCUCAUGCUCUACGAGGGUUUCUACGACGUCCUCCGUCGCAACUCUCAGCUCGGGAGCUCCGUCAUGCAGACCCCCCUCUCGCAGCUGAGGCGGUACUACGAGCCCGAACAAGACCUCCUGCCCCCGGUGAAACUGGAGCCGUGCAUCACGGCAAUCGGAGACCAGGUCUACCUGCAGGAGCCGCUGGUACUCUGCCUCUGCCAUUUCGUGCAUUGCCUACUGUGGCUGCAGAACAGCCAAUCGGCCAAUACCAACACUAAUGAGGAGGAGGAAGAGGGGGGGAAGGGGUACCAGAGUGAAAUACAGGCAGUCCUAGAGAGCAUGACGAGACGCAUGAUCAAGUGUGAACUAGAGGACUUUGAGCUGUCGGCCGAGUUCUCCACGGCAAACAGUGUUGGGGUUAAAAACAAUAUCUAUGCGGUGCUGGUGAUGGGAGUGUACGAGGUCCUCAUGGAGCACAACUUCAUCAAAGCCAACUAUAGUAAGAGCCGCUUUGAGGAGCUCAUGGAGCUGUUCAACUGCUACCACAAACUGGCCGAGAUCCCGAAGGAGAAAUCUGGCAAGGCUCGAGUGCUCUCAAACAAGAUUCCUCGCAGUUUACUCUCUUUGGGCUUCGUAUCAACUCUCCUCACUGUGCUAUUCCGGAACAGUACUCAGAGCAGAGAGGAGGCCCUCUCGGUGCUCCGCUCAAGUGGAGAGUUUGUGCGUUACGCCGUGAAUGUGGCCGUACAGAAGAUCCAGCAGCAGGAGGAGACGGGACACACGGACGGGCCAGAUGGACAGAACGCAGAAAGAACUUUCCGCUUCCUCUGUGACACAACGAGCGUGCUGCUGUGGCGUUACACCAACAUCCCCAGCGGUGUGGAGGACGCAGGGAAGAAGGAGAAGCGCUCCAGCUUGUCCCUGGUGUGUCUGGAAGGUCUGCUCAGGAUCUUCACUGCUUGUCAGCAGCGCUACCCGGACAGGAUGGCCCAGCUUCUCUCCUCCAUGGAAAUGUCUGAGGACGACGCCGAGCCGGACGAAGGCAACGUUACAGAGAUGAACUUCUUUUACAUAAGACAGUUUCAGAGGGCGCUCUUCACACAGUUAAGCCGAGGGGAGGAAGAAUUUAACAGCAAAGAGGCUCAGCUGCUGGUCAGCAUCUUGUGUGUGCUUUCACGCCAGCUAAAGCCCUCCUCCCAGCAGUUUGUACAGAUGAUCCCUUGGACCGUGAAGAUCUGCAAGGAGACCAGUUUUGAGGAUUCGGCUUUCUCCAAGGGGCUGCUCACCCUGCUCUUCAACCUGCAUGUCCUCUACAAGAGUCCUGUAAGCCUGCUGCUGGAAUUGUGCCAAGACAUCCACAGCCAACUUGGAGAUAUUGAUGGGAAUGUUGAGGUGGAAAAACAGUCUCACUUUGCCAUCAUCAACAUGAAGACUGCAACGGCGGGAGUGCUGCUGGUCCUGUCUCAGGUGGACAGAGUGCUGGAUGAAGUGGACUGGCUGAUUGUCCGAAAGAAAACCUGUGACAAAUCUGCUGCUGGCGAGGCCACCCAGACCGCAGGCCAGCAGGACCCAACAGAGAAAGCCGUGACGCUGCAGAUCGGGACCCUUUUGACUGCUUUAAAUGAGCUGGUCCAGACGGCCCUGCUGCCCGGGACCUGCACCAUCACCCCGCUGCGGGUUUAUUUUUAAAAAACUGUUUUCUUUAUUAGAACAGAGAAUUUGGUGGUAGAGGAGAAGAUGACAAGAAGAAAAAGAAAAGAAAUGAAGUGAACGCUGCUCCCUCUGUAAGGAUUUCCCUCCUAUAAUGUGAUUAACGAUAUACUGUAACAUGUGGACCUCAAACAAAUCUACAUUUUUAAGUAUUAAAGCAGUAUGAAAAAUACCUCAUCACACUCUCAAAGAAAUCAAAGAUUUGUGUGAACUACGUUGCCUGUGGUGCUUAACCGAAUGCUAUGAAGAGAGUCGUACAACACACCACGGAACAAAACGCUUGACGAGUGCAGGCCUGUCCAGGUAAACCUGAUGCAGUACAUGAAGCUGAGCACCUCAAGGGAUUUCCGCAUCAACUCUGCCACUCUGGACGCAGCGCUACAAGAGCAGGACACCAGUCAGGAGGUAAGUGUGGGCUUCUUUUACUUGAUCACGCGAGUCACUGAAGCGGACUUGUCCUCAGUCUCUCCCCACGUGGGAGGUUUUGAAUGCCUCUGUUGUGCCUUUUUUAACACACUCCGCUGGCUCAGAUCAAUUCGUCAAGUCUCUUCUUUGGAUCCUUUUCAGGCCAACGUGUCACAGGGGGCCGAGGAGACACAAGAACCCCGUCAGAAGAAGAGAAAGCAGUGAGCCGAGGCUCAACUCGGUUUGGAUCGCACACCUGCGGCUUCCUCCCGGAUCUUGUCCCGGCAGUUGGGUCCUAUCUCCCUUUGUUUAGAGAGCCUUUGGUAGCGUUGAGGAUUUGGUAAAUGUCCAAUGCCUCACCUCUGGAAAGUUUGCACAAAGUUUGUUGAACUUGGUUUUCUUACAGUUCAAUUUAUUAAGUGUUUUUUUUUUCUUUUUAAUGUCACAUCUUGCAUGGAAUGUUACCACCACUGACCGGUAUCAGAUAUGUUUGAUUAAUUCCCUUAAAUGAUAAGCUACAUUGUAUGUCAUUUCACUCUUUUCUGCCAUGUCACUUACAGCUCUGUAAGGUAACAAAUUGAUUAAUUUACAGAAAUAUUUAUAUUUUAUUCGUAACAUACCCUGCUGUUUUUAAAGCACAUUCUUCAUAUCAUAUAUUUGGAAAAAUACAUAUUACAACCCGUUAAAAGACA